AGAGAGCCCAGUUAGUUUAACUCCAACCGCAUCCCAUUUCACAUCUCAAUCUCGUUGCUUCGUCGAGGAUGGCCACCUGGAAGCGUCCAGAUCACAUCCCUUUUCCCCAAAUUUGGCACACAUUUCAAGCAGGAGACCCCACCAGCGACAAUCGUUUGAUCAACUAUCGUGUACAGGAUCUCCCACCGGAACGAGUCGACGAUGCCAUUCAGCACAUGUGCACCCAUUUCCUGCGGGAUGAACCGAUCUGUCGCAGCCUUGGUUUGAUCAAUGACCCGGUGGGGGUGCGAGAAAUUGCAACCAUCUGGCGCCAGGUGGCCAAUCAGCAGUGUGUCGUUGUCUGUUUCCGCGAGGGAAGUGACGAAAUCGUAGGUUUGAAUAUGCUGACGGUUGUGACGCGGGAUGACGGAACGGACUGUUCAAAGUUCGAAAGUCCAGCAGUGAGAGACUUUGUAAGUGCAACGCUUUACAUGACAGAGCAGGGGAAACUUUUCGACACCCACCAAGUGGACUGCUUCCUGUCGGCUUGGGGCCUAUCGGUUCAUCCCAUCUAUCGGGGAUUGGGAAUCGCCACGGAGAUACUUCGGGCAAGAAUUUCAUUUUGCAGGGCAUUUGGACUGACUCUAAGCGCAACUGUGUUCUCGCAUCCGGGAUCGCAGGUGCCCGCGGCAAAAGUGGGAUUCCAAGAUGAGGUGGUGAAGCGAUUCAUCGAUCUAGUUAAAAUGGGCUAUAAUCUUCCGGUGCCGGUGGAAUUCAACAAGUUGAUGACACUCAAAGUUAAAUAAAGAGACAAUAUAUUCAAUACUUAUACACUU